AUGAAACUGACCCCUCUUAACCAGCACACCUACCAGAAGAUAACGAAACUGACCCCUCUACACCAGCACACCUACCAGAAGACAACGAAACUGACCCCUCUACACCAGCACACCUACCAGAAGACAACGAAACUGACCCCUCUACACCAGCACACCUACCAGAAGACAACGAAAACUGACCCCUCUACACCAGCACACCUACCAGAAGACAACGAAACUGACCCCUCUACACCAGCACACCUACCAGAAGAUAACGAAACUGACCCUCUACACCAGCACACCUACCAGACGAUAACGAAACUGACUCCUCUACACCACACACCUACCAGAAUCAACGAAACUGACCCCUCUACACCAGCACACCUACCAGAAGAUAACGAAACUGACCCUCUACACCAGCACACCUACCAGAAGAUAACGAAACUGACCCCUCUACACCAGCACACCUACCAGAAGACAACGAAACUGACCCCUCUACGCCAGCACACCUACCAGAAGACAACAAAACUGACCCCUCUACACCAGCACACCUACCAGAAGACAACGAAACUGACCCCUCUACACCAGCACACCUACCAGAAGAUAACGAAACUGACCCCUCUACACCAGCACACCUACCAGAAGAUAACGAAACUGACCCCUCUACACCAGCACACCUACCAGAAGACAACGAAACUGACCCCUCUACACCAGCACACCUACCAGAAGACAACGAAACUGACCCCUCUACGCCAGCACACCUACCAGAAAACAAACAAACACCGUUGCCCCUCUACACCAGCACACCUACCAGAAGACAACGAAACUGACCCUCUACACCAGCACACCUACCAGAAGACAACGAAACUGACCCGUGUACAUCAGCACACCUACCAGAAGACAACCAAACUGACCCCUCUUAACCAGCACACCUACCAGAAGACAACGAAACCGACUCCUUUACACCAUCACACCUACCAGAAGACAACGAAACUGACCCUCUUAAUCAGCACACCUACCAGAAGAUAA